AACCCGGUCCUUGCAAUGGCGUGCUCUUAUUUACUCCUUCUUUUUGCCCUUGUUGCAGAUGCUCAACAUGGUGGUGGGGGUGGCGGUGGGGGAGGAGGGGGCGGUCAUCAGCACGUGCACUACCCCCCGAACUUCUACCUCCCCGACACACAGCACCACAUCGACUUCGAAAUCGAGCACAUCAUCAUUCCUUCGGUCGGAUACCAAAGCCACUUGUGUCUGGAUCUCCUAUUGGUCGAUUGUCGGACUCACGUGACAGUUGGAGAUGAGAUGGUUUGUGGAACUGAUGGUGUGACGUAUGCAAAUCAUUGUAAGUUUGUGCACGCCGCCUGUCAGUACGAGAACCUCCACGUUCAUAACCAUGGCGCAUGCCCACCAGGCUUCUCCACUACGACAAUCGCCCCAGGCGGCUCCAUGGCAACCGGCAGCCAAUCAGGAUCCGGCACCACCGCCCCGUCCUCUGCCUACAUACAGAGCAUGUUCUGUAGAAACAAGGAGUUCAUUGGAUGUCCGGCAACGUUUAACAUCGUCUGUGGCUCCAACGGACUCUUCUACCCCAACAGUUGUGAGCUGUCUAAAGCGGUUUGUGAUGCCCCCAGCCUUGUAGAAGUACCCUGCUCCCAGAGUCAAUCCACCCAGCCACCCCUACCCACCACCACCACCCCCGCAAGAACCACCACCCAUGCGGGACCCAUCCCCAUCAUUGGAUGACGUCAUAAUCCAUUUAUAACAACGUAUUCAUGUAAUAAAGUGAAACCAAAAUGGAGAGAUUGUAAAAAAUAUAUUGCAAAACUCUU